ACGUGGAGGACAGGAGGACCUAAGUGGUGAGACGUUGAGGCAGGGAGGACCUAAGUGGCGAGACGUGGAGGAAGGGAGGACCUAAGUAGAUAGUAGAUACACCGGUAUAAUCGCCCGGCCCAGCUUUUUCCAAGAGGUGGCCCGGCCUUGGCUCCUUGUUGUGGGAGUGUCUCAGACUAAUGUCUGCCAUGGGAGGAGGUACAAGUACCUCGUCGUCUUCUGAGACCAGUGCUGGUGGUGGCACCGCUAUGAUCUUAUUAGCACUACUCAUCCUCUUCUUGGUGACAGAUACUGGCGCAGUGCCGUUUGAAGAUGCUACAGCUUUAUGCUCCACGGAAUGUCCGAUCACCGGUUCCCCCAAACUCUUCUAUCAUCCAGGAAAGACCUACACCUACGAGUACUUCAUGAAAUCUCUGAUCCAACUGAAAAGUGUGGAAAGUGGAAUGUCAGUGACGGAUUGGUCCACGCAAGUUGAACUCUCAUGGAGAAGUCCUUGUGACAUGGUCAUCACUUUGAAGGACUCCGAGAUACAUGGUGGCAAUGUCCCAGACGCUGCCAGGUUCCUGGAGAGGUACCCACUGGUGGUGGCUGUGGUCGACGGCAGAGUUCAGCAUGUGUGUAGUCAUCCUGACGACGACACCUGGUCCGUCAAUAUUAAGAAGGGCGUCGCCUCAGCCUUCCAGAACUCACUCCCUUCUAUUUCUACCGUCAAUUCAGGACAAAGUAUUACUGAGACGGACGUGGUAGGAAAGUGUCUAACGAGAUACGAGGUAUAUAAUGAGAGAAACAGAGUUAUUGUGAAGAAAGAGAAGAAUCAUCGCCUAUGCAAGGAACGUUACUUCACCCCUACUGAGACUCAGGUGCCCUGGCUCAGAGGUCCUUUGCCACUGGAAGUGUCAGAAUCUUCGUGUAUACAAGAGAUUAGGCAUGGAAUCUACUCCGCCAUCAUAUGUAAGGAUAGGAACGUGGUCCGGCCAAGUUACGGGGCCUAUAAAUAUGUUGAGGCCAAACAGGAGUCGGCCCUCAGAUAUCUCUCAGAAUCCAGUGAAGAAUCAGCUGCCGACUUUACAGUAUCUCUAGGUAACAUGGUCCGGAAGAGCCUCUUGUACAGUUAUGAUACACCUAAGAAGGACCCGUCCAUGGUAACUCAGUUGGAUCAGAUUAUCACCCAGAUCUGUGAGAAAAUUAAGGAUGUUGUUGAACGUGAUGUUGCUGCUUUGGUGGCCAGGGCUGUUCAGCUCCUACGAUGGGUGCCUCAGGAAACCGUGGAACAAACUUUAGUCAAAAUUCGCAGAGGGCAAUACUGUCAAGACCACAAAAAACUCGAGAACUUAUAUCUAGAUGCUGUUGCUUGUGUCCAAGAGUCUGGUGCAAUAAAAGUUAUGAUGAUGGAGCUGGUGAGAGGACAGGUCCCAGAAGGACGUGCUGCUCUCUACACUGCUGCUCUUUAUCUUCAUUUGCGUCCUACCUGGAGUGACAUUGAAGCUCUCGUGCCCAUAUUUGAAUCCCCUCGACCUGUGUCCUCUGUGAUUCUGGCAGCAGCUUCUGUGGUCAAUGCAUAUUGUCGUCGCCAUUCCCAGUGUCAUAAUGAAGCGUUAGUUAGGACCAUUGCCGGAGCACUGAAUAAUAAAAUUUUAAAUCAGUGUUCCCUUUUAAGUGAAAAAAAAGAACAAGAGGCAGCACUCUUAACACUGAAGACCAUCGGCAACAUGGGCGUGAUGACUCCCACAGUGGCUACGUCUCUUAUAAGAUGCAUGAAGAUUGAAGGAGUUCUAACUAGUGUCCGAGUAGCUGCAGCUCAAGCUUUUAGGCAAGCACAGUGCAAACAAUCAAUUACAAACCAGCUCCUUCGUAUUGCGGUUGAUCCAACUGGAAACACAGAGGUUCGCAUUGCCUCGUACCUCACGGUGAUUCGUUGUGUAAAGCAACAUGAAAUGGAGAUGAUCAUUAAUAAUAUCACGGGACAAGAAAACACGCAAGUUCGUGGUUUCAUACUGAGUCACCUGGUGAACCUCCAAGACACCAACACACCACACAAGGAACACCUCCGUCACAUGCUGACGAACAUUCUCCUUCCCAGAGAUUUUGAGACAGACAUCAGGAAAUAUUCUCACAACAUAGACCUGUCUUACUUCUUCCCAUCUCUGGACAUUGGUGCCGGCGUAGAAUCCAACAUCAUCUACGCCCCGGGAUCCUUUGUUCCUCGGUCUAUUGACUUUAACCUCACAGUAGCAUCAGGAGGAGCCCUUGUGAAUAUAGGCGAAGUUGGUGUACGAAUUGAAGGUCUAAGACCAAUUAUUGAUAAGCUAAUAGGACCAGGAGGUUACCUAAGAAGGACUAGUUUGAGUAAUAUUUUUCGUUACAUUUUGAUGUUCCUUGAAAAACAGCUUAAAGAGAUCAUUGAUAAUUUCCAGGAUAUUACAAGGCAAAAAAGGACUACUGAUAUGUCUUUAAUAUACGAUUUUUUCACUGACAUAAAUUAUUAUGGCAGAGAUGGUGGUGUCCGCGCUGACAUAUUUGCUCGCUAUAUGGGUCAAGAAAUAAGUUUUGCUUCUUUGUCUGGAAACUUGGAAGAUAUAGCUGCAAUUAGAAUAGGCAGGACUGUCGGCUCGUUUAUUGCAGAGAUUCUUCUCCAGAUGAAAAAUGUGAAGACUAACAAUGCAAGAACAGCCGGGUUGCACCUAGAAUAUAGUAUCACUACCAUCCAAGGUACACCUUUAAAAUUAAAAUUUGAAGGAACUGCCAUUGUCGGACUCGAGUUGGAAGGAAAUCUAAAUCUAAUUGAUUUAUUUAUGAACUCGAAAAGGGAAGAGAACACCACAAUCACCCCAAGCCUGUCUAUACAAAUAGACGGCUUUAUUGGCUUCGAUAAUUACCUCACUACGACAGGAAUGAAAACGGUCAACACCGUCUCAAGUAGCAACUGUCUCUCUCUCAAUGCCCAGGCUAAGGACAACGAGGUGAAAAUUUUGUGGGCUCUUCCUGAAAAGAUGGAAUUUAUUGAUGUGAAGAGCGAGACAUACCUUAUGAAGACUGCGAGAGGCAGCCCAGAAACUAAGAUCAUCCCAGCUUCCAUGAGAGAUAUUAGAGUCAGUAUUCACUCAUGUAUCAACAGUUUUGAACCUGUGUUAGGUCUUAAGCUCUGUUAUGAUUUGGACAUCCCAGAUAUCUUCCGCAGCAGCUCUCUACCACUCGGGGCUCCAAGUACAGCUAGAAUAUAUAUUGAAAAAUCAGAGCCCUCAAUAACAGGCUAUAAUAUCACUGCUCAUGUUAAGAAACUGGAAAGUUCCGAAUAUAUUCUGAUGAAAAUUUAUACUUGCGGCUCCUCUAAACCGACAAAAACCGAAGCGAUUUUCUCAUUUUCUAGAGUAGAGAAGUCUUUCUUAACCUCAGUCACAUUUGACUCUCUCGAGGUGAGUGGUGGAGUCUAUACCAUUAUUAACACCAGUGAAGAUUACAAGGGCGUCCAGGUGUUCGCAGAUUACAGGUCUAACGAAAAUAUAUUAUCCCGGGGAUUUAAAGCAGAUUUCAGGACCACGUCAUCACUAAAUGAUUCUGAAUACGAAGCAAAUGUCUUUAUCAGCACACUGAGGGAUUUUCCUCUUACCUCAAGAGUCAUAGAGAUGAAACUCACUAAGAAAAUCAGCCUCCCUGAUACUGCUCUGGAUUUGCUCUGUGGGACAAGAAAUGUUUUACGAAAUUAUUUUGACUUUAAUUUUGAAGCCAGUGGAGAUUUAAGGUACACCUCACAGUCCAGCUUGCCUUUGCCAUUGAAACUGCGCAAACUUGACUUCCACACGGGCCUGGGAGGCUGGCAGCUCGACUCCAUCAUUCGUCAGACCAGAGAGUCAGGAGAGAACGCUGAACACUUAUCUACCUUCAAUGUGAAGCGAUGGGAAGAGAACCUGAUUUUUGUUGAGGCUACCCACACUACACAAGGAUCACUUUACGAUAACUUUAUCAUUAGAACUGCAGCACUAAUCAAGCUGAGUCAGACGGAGUACAAGAGCAGCGCAGUAAUGCAGAGAGGUGUAGACACUGCUGGUGUGACCUGGCAGGUCCUCGGCGCCAGUAACACCAGCAAGAUUAUGGCGCUAGAAGUGUUGCACACUUACAGUGGCAAGUCAUACGGCGUUAUAUUCAUGGUAGACAUUCCAAAGUAUAUAUCAGCCAUCGAGUUUGAGAGUACCAUUGGAGUAAUGGAAGAAAAUAUCCUCUUGAUUGAAGUUGGUCUGACAUACGGAAGUCAAGUGAUCCUGCAGGUGUAUGGCCCAGUAAAAUACGAACCCUCUUCAACAUCUGUCGAGUUUAAUGCUGAACUUAGGAUCGUUACAGCAGUCACUGGACGUCACCACCUGUCUACCGCCGUCAGUUUUGCCAAUAACAGUGAAAUAAUGUCCUUUACUCUCAAGAAACACCAGGAGUUAGUAGUUACUGUGGAGUGCAAAGCGGUGAAAAUCACCCAACAAGAGACUGUUAUCGCAGCACGGGUCUUGCUCCCUGGCUUAGUCGACUUGAUGACUGACAUUAUCACAAACGAGAGGUUCCUGUACAUCACUCUCACUGGCUUGCUCUCACUGAGGAACACGUCGCCGCAUACACUCAAGGGCUACGUCAACAUCGACCUGCAUAUGAAAAGUGGGAGGGUGGAUAUCUCGUGGGAUACUGACCACGACCCCAGCACCAGAGUCACCAUUGAUGUCACCAUUGCUAGUGUCCCUCUCCAUCCAGGCCAAUUCUCCCUUCAAGGCCUGGUUGGGUACAGAGGCAUGUCUUACCCUGUGGUUUUAGAAGUAAGUGUAGCAGACCUUCACCACACCACCUUCACUCUCAACAUUCAAACACCAGACAACAAGUCCUUGGUCUUGGAUUUUGUAAACGCAUUUAAGAUCAAUUCCUCGGUCUCCAUAGACACUCGUGUUCUGUACAAGAGCCUGCGCGACAUGCAAUACAAGUUAACAAGCUUCAUCACCUUUGAGAAAUUGGAUGGCCCGUUCAGCUUCAGCUUUGAAUCUCAGCUCAGCUUCACAGCACCACAAGGUCAUCAGACAAGCUUGAAGACUGAAGCUAAACACCAGUUGACACCUGAGAAGCGAAUAAUAUAUUUCAAGGGAAGCGCGUCUUCUCCGACAAGAAAGCUGCCACUGACACUUGAACUGGAAUCAAACAGCACAAAAAAACUUUAUGACUUACAGUGGAUGGUAGACACAACUUUCCCGGUUACAAUGUAUAACGUAGAGCUAAUGAUAGGCCCUAACGGGGCUGUCAGAGUCUUUGAUUCCUGUCUAAAUGUUACUGCUGUUAUGGAAUUCUUAGAUGCUGUGGUGAAGCUGUUGGAUCUUGAAGUGUGGUAUUCGGAUGAAUUUUAUGAAAUAGGCAGUAAAGAAAUUGUUGUAUACCACUACCGCUUUCACAGACCCACACUCAACACCUUCUCAGUGAUCUUCGAGUCUCCAUCCCGCAGUGUUGAGGGUGAAGCAGAGUACUCGCCUUCAGAAUCAAGUUUUAAGUUCUUUCUUGACAGAAAUCGCACAUACAGGAUCGCUGCUAAGUCCUCCUACAGCCAAUUGGAUCAGCAGUCAAAGUACGAAGGCCGAUUGAGUCACCCAAGACUGACAAAGGAUCUAGGAGUUACUCUUCAGUUCUCAGAUAGUGUAGAGACCCCGAGAGGAACCAUUGAGCUGGAUAUUUUCCCCGAUAGAGCAGACAAAAUUACAGGCGCUUUAAAGACAAGGAAGAUGACCAGAAAUACCAUCAUGUUUGAGGUGUUGUUUACAUCCAGGAUACUAGAAAAUAACCCUAAACUCGUAGUGGUCAUCGCCAGGGCGCCACAUAUUGUUGGGUUCGAUGCCAUGAUACACUUGAGGUCCUCUUCGCCAGUAUUAUUUCAAGUGUCAGCAAAAUACGACGGAACUCCUACUGGAGAUGCAACAGUGACCUUCCAUGUGAAGAACACUGAAGGUACCGUGAUGGAAAUAGCUGGUGUGGUGAAGCCCGAGUUAGUUCCUGACUGUAAGGGCCUCAGGAUCAAGAGUGUAGUGCACACCUCUCUAAUUGGAAGUUACGACAUUCAUUUGAGACUGGGCAAACCAUCAGUUUUCGAGCUGAUUACGGAGAGUCACAGUAGCCGCAAGGUUUAUACCACAAAGUUCGACUUCUACACUUUCAAGAAUGUCGAGGCUAUGAUGUCUGUAUAUGACAAGCUUCAUCAUAAGGAAGAAGUUAUUGUUUUAUCACGUAUAAAGCCCUUAUCUCCUUACAUGAUCGAUGUUGAUAUGACCUACAACGAAAGAAAAUUUAAAUCACUGAAGGAUACUGUGUCAGAGAACUGGGUGUACGUGGCCAAGACAUUUUUAGAGUGGAGCGCCAAGCAGUACCAGUGGGUGGUGAGACAGGCUCACCAUCGCCACAUAAACUUUCCACCAGAAGAGCUCAGCUCACAAGUCGGGCAGCUCCUAUGGGAUCUGUCGGACAUCAAAUCAUACCUAAGUGAUGAGAUUACUGCAGCCUACGAGUUCCUCUGUCAAAACCUAGACACUCCUAGUGUGGCUUACAUACGUCAAGUGGUGAACCGUGUCUGGGGGUCCUCAGCUGGCUCAAACAACGCCUCCCCAGACACACAAUCACACCCUAUGAAGAGAAGCUACACUGGAUGAAAGAAACUGCCGAAUUCAAUUAUAUCGUCAAAGCAGUUGCCCUGAAGGUUAUACAUGGAAUAUUGCACGGUGACGCGGGUGCCACAUUGCGUCUCCUGUUCUACCAUCUGAGACACACAACCUUCUACAACAUGCUCAAGAAUGACCUCGAUAACAUCAUGAUACAAUACCCAG